AUGGGAAAUAACACCGCCGAAGUGCAUGCGGUGACCGAUCCGGACGAUGAAGAUACACACGAUAGCCUUCUGUCUCUACGAUGGACCGUUGAGAGCAGCUGGUGGCGCCGAUCCAGCUAUGCAGGGUGUCUCUUGUACAAUGUCGGCUCUUUUCUGCUCCCUGCGUUGUACAACACUCUAGUCAAGAUCUGGAUUGCGAACAUUGACUCUACCUUGGUGGUUACAACGGAUGUCUAUACUUAUAUCGGCACUGUUGCAGAAGUGCUUAAUGAAGGUCUUCCUCGAGCCGUCUGGGUGACUAUCGCCGAUCAAGUUACGCGGUCAUACGAGUCUCGUCUAGAACUCGCACAUACUCUGGUCGCGUUCCAAACAGUCCUCGGUCUGAUCAUGAGCAUAAUUUUCACCAGCGCAGCCAAUGCCUUCACGGCCACCUUCGUCCCGCACGAGGCCCGGAAAGCAAGUAUUACCUAUGUUCAAAUUAGUGCAUUCUCAGCCCUCAGCUCUGCUAUAGAAGUUGCAGUAUCCAACGUCACAAGGGCUCUGGAUAAGCCCGACGUUCCUCUCGUGAUUAGUUCAGUCAAGAUUGUCUUUCAUGUGGGUGGCUGGUCUCCUAAUAUCAACAUGCAGGCUGCGAUUCGUCUAAGCUGUGACAUGGUCGCGGCUCUUACUGGCCUAGCAUACUUCAUCCAGACAAUCAACUUAUCCGAAGAACGACGCAGCUGGCACUGGAUUAUAAAAUUCCCGCGAUUUUCUGCCUUCUUAACGCUUCUCAAACCAGGUCUAAUCACUUUUGUUGAGUCGGCAGUUCGAAAUGCGCUAUACCUCUGGUUGGUUGCAGGAAUUGUGACGAUGUCCGCAGACUAUGCUACAGCAUGGGGAAUAUUUACUACAAUUCGAUGGGGUUUGAUCAUGGUGCCUGUUCAGGCACUGGAGGCUACGUCUCUCGCUUUUUCAUCAAUGGUCACGCGACCGGCCUUUCUCUCUGCUGGUAUAGCUUUAGCUAUCGAAGUACCCCUCUGCAUCCUUCUGGCUACUGUAGGGUGCAACCCAUUUGCUUACUAUCUAAGUCAAUCUGAAAGGGUUGCUGAGAUUACGGCUCAUAUGUGGCAGACGAUAGACUGGUGUUACAUUCUGUAUGCGAUCUCUACCCAGCUUGCCACCGUACUGCUGGCCACCCGUCCAAUGUGGUAUCUUGUGCAGAGUCUCAUUUCCAACCUUCUUUACGUCCUUCCUUGGGCAAUUGUCUGCCAAGUUGCUGACCUUGAUCCUUAA